AGGCAGUGCUGGCAGACGGAUUUUUACAAAAGAUGGAAAGAAUAAGAAAAAGAAUGAAGGGACCUGCAAUCAGCUUUGCUUUCCUCAACUCCUGUCGUCUUGGGAUUCGCAUUGUGCUCCUGUGUGUUUCUCUACUUGGCCUCGUCGACGGCGCGUCUUCUUCUUCCAGCACCACCUUUCCACCAGGUCAUUCUCAACAGAACGAGACGGAACAGCAGGAGCCGAUCCUUCAAGUAACCCUAGCAGGCGCAACUAGUAAUUUCCUGAGAGAAGGGGAGUCUUUGGUACUACUUCCUCACGAACUACGUACAGAACGACAAGAACUAUCCUCAUCACAGGAGCAACUACUAGCAAUACCACUACAAAGAAUACCAGCACCAGGAACAGUAGAGUUUUCACCUUCAGCUUUACAAUUACAGCAAACCACUGAGCAGCCUAUCCGACACCGACCACGCAUCCACCUCAGAACCGAGCCUAGUAGACCAUUCUUGUCGAAUGAGUGGCGACUCUACUUCGCCCUAAAAAUCCACCUAAGCUACGAUGGAUCGCCAGAGAAAACUAGACUGCUUUUCCAAAAUCAUAGGAGAAAUAAGCGUGAUGGUCACCAAGCUGGUCAAGAUGGUGGCUUGACCUGCGUCAUUUGUCAGGAUGAAGGUGUACUAGCUGAACAGCAACAAACGUGUGGAAAUUCUACUACAAGCGAUGGCGAAG